UUCAGAAGAGAAGUGGUCGUAACUCAUAUUUGUAAUACAAAGUUAUCCAAAGUACCGUGUUACUACACUCACAGCCAACAUGGUAAAGCCACGGUUUAAGGGGAAAAGUACAAUAAAUCCCUCCAACUCCAGCUCUAAUCCAGACCGAGUCAAAGGAGCUGGAGGUAACAAUAUGAGGGACCGCGCCACCAUCAAACGUCUGAACAUGUACCGCCAGAAACAGCGAUGCAAUAGUAGGGGUAAAGUGAUCAAACCUUUGCAGUAUCAGUCUACCGUGGCUCCCGGCACUGUGGCAAGAGUGGAACCUAACAUCAAAUGGUUUGGCAACACACGUGUUAUCAAGCAGUCAUCCCUGCAGAAGUUUCAGGAGGAGAUGGGAGCAGUGAAAAAAGACCCAUAUCGAGUUGUCAUGAGACAAAGCAAGCUGCCCAUGUCUCUUCUGCAGGACAGAGUCAAAGCCCACAACUCCAAGGUGCACAUACUGGACACAGAGACGUUUGAGUCAACGUUCGGGCCCAAGGCUCAGAGAAAGAGGCCCAACCUGUGCGUGGGAGACGUCAAAGAUUUAGUGGAGCAAGCGGAGGCCUCCGCUCAAAGCUACAGUGCAGAGAAGGAUCGCGACCUGGUGACAGAAGACACUGGGGUCAGGGAUGAGGUGCGUGAGGAGAUCUUCAAGAAAGGCCAGUCCAAGAGGAUUUGGGGAGAACUUUACAAGGUGAUAGACUCUUCAGACGUCAUCAUUCAGGUCUUGGAUGCCCGGGACCCGAUGGGCACACGCUCCCAGAACAUCGAAACCUAUCUGAAGAAAGAAAAGCCUUGGAAACACCUUAUCUUUGUUCUCAACAAAUGUGACCUCAUUCCCACUUGGGUCACGAAACAUUGGGUCGCAGUGUUAUCCCAGGAAUACCCGACGCUGGCCUUUCACGCCAGCCUGACCAACUCCUUCGGCAAAGGCUCUCUCAUUCAGCUCCUCAGGCAGUUUGGCAAGCUUCACACAGACAAGAAGCAGAUCAGUGUGGGUUUCAUUGGUUACCCCAACGUUGGAAAGAGUUCAGUCAUCAAUACACUGCGGUCCAAAAAGGUCUGCAGUGUGGCGCCUCUCGCUGGUGAAACCAAGGUAUGGCAGUACAUCACGCUGAUGAGGCGAAUUUUCUUGAUCGACUGCCCUGGGGUUGUUUAUCCGUCCGAGGACAGUGAGACUGACAUUGUGCUGAAAGGAGUGGUUCAAGUGGAGAAGAUCCGUAAUCCGGAGGAACACAUCGGAGCCGUGCUGGAGAGAGCCAGAGCCGAAUACAUCCAAAAGACGUACCGAAUUCCUUCCUGGAGCUCUGCCGAAGACUUCCUGGAAAAGUUGGCAUUCCGCACAGGAAAACUCCUAAAGGGGGGAGAGCCUGACUUGCCUACUGUCGCCAAGAUGGUACUGAAUGACUGGCAGAGGGGUCGCAUCCCCUUUUUCGUCAAACCGCCCGAGUCCACGUCCCACCAGGAGACCAAGACGCAGCUGCAGCUGGAAGGGCCUUCGGGGGAUGUGGAGAAGGCCGAGCGUGACAGCAGGCCCGAGGAAGAGAGUUCAGAAGCGGCAACGUCCAACGAGCAGGAAGCCCAGCAAGAGCUAGAGAGACUCAAACAGGAACAGAUGAAUAAGAUCCUUGCCAACGUAAGACAGAACUUCGGCAAAAUAAACGUAGCCCCAGAAUUCAGCGAGGAAGAUCUGGUACCUGUAGAGAUGCCAGAGCUUCUGGAUCAGUUGGGGUCAGAGAAUGAGGAAGAGGAGGAGGAGGAAGAAGGGAGUGAAGAGGAUGAAGAACAAGCAGAGAAUGAAAGAGAGGGUGAAGAAGAAGAAGGAGUGGGAGAAGAGGAGUCGUCUAGCGCCAGGUCCUCCGCCAAGACGGAGGGCAAGAGUGCACACGAGGUGAACAGAGAGUUGGACGAGAAAAUUGCCAAGCUAAAGCAGUUCCUGGAUCGGGCCAAGUCCAAACGUUUCUCUGCCAUCCGAAUUCCAAAGGGCCUCUCAGAUAGGGUGUUCUCCGAAGCAAAAGCAACGCAGAAUGGUAACAGCAAACCACAACAGAAAGCUGUGACGCACGCGAGCAGAAAGAGGAAAGUUCAGGAGGACCAGGGGCCAGAACGGCAGACCAAACUCACAUCAAAAGAGAAGAGAAGAAUUGAACGCGCCCAGAAAGUCAAGAAAGUGGGAGUUCGGUAUUACGAAACGCAUAACGUGAAAAACAAGAACAAAAACAGAAAAAUCCCCAGCGAAGGCAAAAAAGCGAAGAGAGCCAGACGCUAGCCCUGCGUAAUGGAAGCUCUUCGCGUAAAAAGCCUCGUUUUAAGGGACUCUGUCGGUGAAUUGCGUCGCGGACGCCGUGAUAGAACGUGUAAUGCUAGAGAGGAGCACGGUGUCUGUGGCUCUGAUGUGUCUGAUGUUUGGACAGAAGCAUUCGGGUGUUUUUUUUUUUUUUUUUUCCUCUCUCACUCACUGUCCACAGGAAUGUGACCAUCAUACGCGGCCUGCUAUUUCUACUCAGGCAUAUACAGCCGAAAACAAAUUCAACUCGUUUUUGCAAAUUGUUGUUCAUUUGAAGUGUCUCUGUGCAGUAGCACUGAAACCAUGAUGUGUCCUCGACAUGUCAAUUCAUUCAUGUUCCCUUUGUGGGGGACAUAAGUAA